CUUGAUUUCUCCUGCAUCAUCUGCCACCACUCGCCGCCGCAUUUGGUCCACAACCAUUCUCAUCGGUCAACUUUACUGCCCCCCUUACUCUGCUAGAACACAUCAAUGUCGGCUUCUUCAGCUCCACCACCGCAGCAAAAACUCACCGCACCCUACGGUUCCUGGUCGUCCCCUAUCACCUCCGACAUCGUUUCCGGCGCUGGCAAGACUCUCGGAGGCACCGCCGUCGACUCUCUCGGCCACCUCUUCUGGCUCGAAUCACGCCCCACUGAAUCCGGUCGCUCGGUUAUAGUUAGAGGAGGUGCUGAUGAAGAUGAAGCUUCCGAUAUAACGCCGAUUGACUUCUCAGUUCGCACAGUUGCUCAAGAUUAUGGUGGUGGUGAUUUCUCUGUUUCAGGCGAUACUGUAAUUUUCUCGAAUUACAAAGAUCAAAGACUCUACAAGCAAUCUAUUCGUUCUCCUUCUUCACCUGUAGCACUUACCCCUGAUUAUGGCGAACCUCUAGUCUGCUAUGCGGAUGGAGUUUUUGACAAAAGGUUUAAUCGCUAUGUCACCAUUAGAGAAGAUCGAAGAGAAAGUAGCAAAAACUCUGUAGCAACUAUUGUAUCACUUGAACUCAAUGAUGAAACUAUUCGAGAUCCAAUAGUAUUAGUAGGUGGAAAUGAUUUCUAUGCAUUUCCCAGAUUAGAUCAUGAGGGAAAAAGAAUAGCGUGGAUUGAGUGGAGCCACCCUAAUAUGCUAUGA